AUGUCCGAGUGCAUACAGUUUGAGGAGGUGCAUGAAGAAGACUCCGAUCUCUGCUACUUUCCCAAUUCGAAUGGAAGAAGCCGCAAACAGAGGAUUCACCAUGAAGGCGUUGUUUGCUCGUUACACAGCAGCAAUGCCAAGCGCAUUGUGGUGGCGCGAGGGUUGGCUGGAGCACGGACACUAGAGGUCCCCGCAGUCCGUCUCUUUGGCUGUGUGGAGGAGUAUAGUAGUGAUAGACACGAUCGACAGUAG